AUGUCUGAUAGUCCGAGGCAAGUUGUAUUUUUAAACGAAACUUGGAUUUUCGCUAAAGGAAAUAUGUCAAAAUCAUCCUGGCAAGAUGGCACCACGAAAUGUUAUUCUUCUAAUCGUUCCGUUAAUGGUAAACGCUACAAUAUACUUCAUGCUGGAAAUGAUGACGGUUUUAUUCCGGACGUUAGUUUAAUUUUUUCGUCCACAAAGAAUACAGGUGAUUACCAUGGAAAUAUGGAUGCAAAUAUUUUUGAAGAAUGGUUUGAAGAAAAUUUGUUGAAAAAAUUGGAGCGACCAUCCAUAAUAGUGUUGGAUAAUGCAUCCUACCACUCCAGAGUAGAAGAGAGAUUUCCUUCAAGCAGCUGGACAAAAGAAGAAAUACAGUUGUGGUUGACAGAAAGGAAGAUAUAUCACAGUGACAUAUUUUUAAAAGUUGAUUUACUUCAAAGGUGUGGAGAGCACAAAAUUCAAAAGAAAUUUGUUACUGACCAAAUGGCUCUUAAAUAUGGCCAUACAUUUUUAUGA